GUUCUAGAACAGGGUAGAGGGCUCUGUGAUUCUCUUCCAUCCAAUUAAACUGAAAAGUGAAGAGCGAGCAGACCAGUUGGAGCAAUUUGGGGAAUCUCUUUCUUUCUCUCAUUCUUGAGUUCCUGGUUUUCUGUUUCAGUCAUUUCUCAAGACAUUUGUGGGUUCUGUUGCUUGAAGUGUUAGGGUUUAGAAUUCGAAAAAGAAAGAGGGAAAGAGGUAGCGGAAAGAAUGUCUUACCUUCUUCCUCACUUGCACUCCGGCUGGGCCGUUGAUCAGGCCAUCCUUGCUGAGGAAGAAAGGCUCGUCGUCAUCCGAUUCGGCCAUGACUGGGAUGAAACCUGCAUGCAGAUGGAUGAAGUGUUGGCUUCAGUUGCUGAGACGAUAAAGAAUUUUGCUGUGAUCUACCUAGUAGACAUCACAGAGGUUCCUGACUUUAACACCAUGUAUGAGCUGUAUGAUCCCUCAACAGUCAUGUUUUUCUUCCGUAACAAGCACAUCAUGAUUGAUCUGGGCACGGGAAACAACAACAAAAUCAACUGGGCUCUCAAGGACAAGCAGGAGUUCAUCGACAUUGUGGAGACCGUCUAUCGUGGUGCCAGGAAGGGUCGGGGUCUGGUAAUUGCUCCAAAAGACUAUUCUACCAAGUAUCGCUACUAGGUUCUGUAUGCCUACACUGCUCCGUUUGUGCUUAUCUUAAUUGGAAUUUUAUCCUUUUAGUCCGGCACUGGAUAUAAUUUAUGUUCCCAACUUUGUUUUACUUGUGUGGAUGAACCGGGGAUCUCCAAUUGUUUUUAUAAUGGCCGUCUAUUGAAACACUCAUAUUAUGCCAAAGUAAGCUAUUGUGUUGUGCUCGAUCCUAAC